AUGAUGGCGGAUUUUGUUACACCGCGACACAGCGCGGUGAUGGAGCGCCUCCGGCGGAGGAUCGAGCUCUUCCGGCAGCACCACAACAGCUGCGAGACCCGCUACAAUGCCGCCGCGCUGGAGAGCCUGGAGCUGGAGAGGCAGCAAACCUUCGCCCUGCACCAGCGCUUCCAGCAAGCCAAGGCCAAGAGGUCCAGCAAGCACCGACAACCCCCGGCAGCUGGCGAGCAAGCCGGCCAGAGGGCACCCGGUUCCGGCGGCGGAGGAGGAGUGGCGACGGCGGGCUCGGAGCUCGGCGACUCCAGCGGGGGAGCCGCCGAACAGAGUCGGAACAGCACGCUCAUCGCCUUGCAGGAGACGGUGAAGAGAAAGCUGGAGAGCGCCGGUUCGCCGCUGGGCCGAGAGCAAGUCAACGGAUUCCCGCCCGGCAAGAAGGUGUGCGCGGCUAACGGCUCCCCCAUGGACUCCAAGCUCGGCCUGGGCGACGCGCAGGAGCUGGCGGCGGACGGCGCCAAGGAGGCGGCGUCUGUCGACUUCCAUCGCAAGGAGAUGAAGCAGGAGCCGGACGACAUCCUGCCCAUCAUGCCUCCCUCGGUAGGAGGGAACAACAACAACAACAGCUUGUUCCCGGACCUCAACUUCAACGAGCAGGAGUGGACGGAGUUGAUGGAGGAGCUGAACCGCACGGUGGCCUACGAGGACAUCCAGGACAUCCUCAACGACGGCUUCGAGGAGCGCAAAGACCCGCUGGAGAUGACGCCCAACGGCACGCCGUCCUCCCAGGGUCUGCUCCCUCUGGAUUUGGGGAGCGUGAAAGCCGAGUUCUCCCCGUCCGCCUUCGAGCGGGACUCGCGCGCCCCGCCUUCGCCCCGUAUCAGGUCAGCGUCUUCGGGAGGGCUCCGCCCCGCCGGCUCUCCCGCCGCCACCUCUCCGGCCGUCCCCCCGCCCAGGCAGCAGCACCCGGCGACGGCGGCCCCCAACCACCUCCUGGUCAAAGACCUGUCCCCCGCCCAGCAGCUUCAGCAGCUGGCCGCCCAGCAGCAACGGGCGCAGGCACAGCACCACCACGGCCAGCUUCAGCCGGCGCCGGCCGUGGCCAAGUUCCACGGCCAGGGCCACCCGACGCCCUGGACUCAGACGGCCGCCCCCUCGCAGUUGGGAACGGACAAACCGGCCGGCCCUACUUUGUACCCGCAGGACUUCAAUUCCAACGCGCAGAAGCAGCAACAGCAGCAGCGGCUUAUGCCCGGCCAGCCCCCCAAGGGCUCGCCCAAGGCGGGGGCCAACACCUACGCCACUGGCGGCCAUCCCAACGUGCUGAGCCGGCCGGCCCCCGCGGCCAUGCUAAACUACAACAACACCAAGCCGCUGUGCCACUUUGAGGCCGGGCCCAGGCCGCCCGAGGGUCAGAACCAGAACAAGGCCGCCCUCCUCAACCUGCUCCGGCAGCAGCAACAACAACAACAACAGCAACAGCAGCAGCAACAAAAGAACAUGAACUUUCGCCAACAUCUCACCCACUCGCAGGACCAGAGCUCGUACCCGGCCCCGCCGCACGGCCCCGCUCCCGCCAACGCCUUGACGUCAGCGCAGGGCAACGGCGGCAUGACGCCGGCGCCCAACCACGCCAACGCCGCCUACCUCAACAGUCAAGCGGCCGCCGCCGCCACCGCCGCCGCGCUCAAGCAGCAGCAGCAGAUGAUCGAGCAGCAGAAGCAGCAGUACCUGCAGAGACAGCAGAUGAUGGCGGAACAGGAAAAACAACGUCAACAGGACCAGCAACUCCAGAGGCACCUGACGCGACCGCCCCCUCAGUACCAGGACCAGCCGGGACAGGCCGGCGCUCAGAACGCUUUCCCUCCGACGGCUCUCGGCCAGUUUACAGUAAGCUCAAAAAGUAUUGGACGUCUACCCACGGCGGGAGGCCCCGCCCCCGCCGGCCAGCGCGUCUUCUCUCCGCCGCGGGGCGUGAUGGGAGUCAACGGCGGAGCGGCGGCGUGCGGGGACACGCGGCAGGCACUCUACAACAACAUGAAUCCGCGCCGACCGCCGUACAACCGCCACAAUCUUCUGGCCCAGCAACAGCAGAUGGCGCGAAUGCCCGCCAACAUGCAAGCCGCCCAGAGCGCCGUGUGGCAACAGCAGCAGCAGCCGCCCGCCCCGAGCAACGCCUUCGCCUUCCACAUGCAGCAGCAGCCCGGUAUCCCUAAGGCCGGGCGUCCCGUGAUGCAGAGCAACGCCCAGCAGCGGGCGGCUCCCCAGCCGCAGCCACAGGCCGCUCCGAACCUUCCGGAGCUAGCGGCGUUCGGGGGGCGGCGGGGCCCGUCCUCUGUCCCCGCUCCGGUCCAGGCCUCGGCCUGCGAGCGCGCGUACAGGCCGAGCGGGACGCCCGCUCAACAACAACAACAACAACAACAACAACAGCAGCAGCAGCUGUCCUUUGGCUACAACCACGCCGCGGGGAGCUUCGCCGCCGAAAGCGAGCUGGUGGAGUCGCUGCUGAAGGGACAGAGCGCGCACGAGUGGAUGGCCGACCUGGACGAGCUCCUGGCCUCGCACCAGUAG